AUCCACACAUUAUUUCCCAGUUCCACAGUGGAGACCGCAUUCGUCUUUGGCGAUUAUUAUUGAGACCACCGAAUAUCCGCCGUCGCUUUAAUAUAGCAGUAUAGCUUUAUUCGCUUUGCUCGGUGCGUUGUAUGGUCGGGCUCUGAGACGAGAAAACCAUCGCGCUCUGCUAUGUGUCAUAGCGAAGAAAGGCAGUAAAUAAAGGGGACACGUCCAUCUGCGUGAAGAGAGAGCAAGAUGGUGAUCAUGGCUUCUCUUCAUUUUUCCUCUAAAUGCCUGAAUGCGAUGGCCAUCCCCGCGGUGACACUCAAGCUCUUUCUGUGGGCUUUUCUAAUCGCCCAUCUUCCUCUGAGCUCUGUCCAGCUGGAAAGCGAUGAUGACGAAGUGACAAACAAAACAUGGGUUCUGACUCCCAAAGUGUACGAGAGUGAUGUCACGCAUAUUUUGAACAGCUUACUAGAUGGCUACGAUAACAAGCUGCGGCCAGACAUUGGAGUCAAACCAACUGUGAUCCAUACAGACAUGUUUGUGAACAGUAUUGGUCCAGUAAAUGCCAUUAACAUGGAGUACACAAUUGACAUCUUCUUCGCCCAGACGUGGUAUGACAGACGGUUGAAGUUCAACAGUACCAUGAAGGUUCUACGCCUCAACAGCAACAUGGUUGGAAAAAUCUGGAUUCCUGACACAUUUUUCCGCAAUUCUAAAAAGGCAGACGCCCAUUGGAUCACCACACCCAAUAGGAUGCUUCGGAUAUGGAAUGACGGGCGUAUACUGUACACUUUAAGGUUGACCAUUGACGCAGAGUGCCAGCUUAAACUGAAUAACUUUCCAAUGGAUGAGCAUUCGUGUCCUCUCGAGUUCUCCAGUUAUGGCUACCCCAAGGAGGAGAUUGUAUACAAGUGGAAGCGCAGCUCUGUGGAAGUUGGAGAUAUCCGCUCCUGGCGUCUUUACCAGUUCUCUUUUGUUGGCCUGAGAAAUACCUCAGAGGUUGUCAGGACUGUGUCAGGAGAUUACGUGGUUCUUACAGUCUUCUUUGACCUGAGCAGAAGAAUGGGUUAUUUUACCAUCCAGACGUAUAUCCCCUGUACUCUGAUCGUUGUCCUGUCCUGGGUUUCAUUCUGGAUCAACAAGGAUGCAGUGCCAGCCCGAACCUCCUUGGGAAUCACAACGGUGCUUACCAUGACCACUUUGAGUACCAUUGCCAGGAAGUCUUUACCGAAAGUGUCGUAUGUCACGGCUAUGGACCUCUUCGUGUCUGUGUGCUUCAUCUUUGUUUUCGCCGCUCUGAUCGAGUACGGAACGCUCCACUACUUUGUGAGCAACCGCAAGCCCAGCAAAAAAUCCGACAAGAAGAAGAAAAAUCCUCUCCUGCGGCUCUUUUCCUCAAAGCAGGCCCCUACUGUGGACAUUCGCCCACGCUCGGCCACCGCCAUCCAGAUGAACAACGCCACCCAAAUGCAGGAGCGGGACGAGGAAUACGGCUACGAAUGUCUGGACGGGAAGGACUGCACCAGCUUCUUCUGCUGCUUCGAGGACUGUCGCUCAGGAGCCUGGCGGCACGGCCGUUUGCACAUCCGUGUUGCUAAGAUUGACUCUUACGCUCGCAUUUUCUUUCCAACCGCAUUCGGUCUAUUCAACGUAGUUUACUGGUUUUCCUAUCUCUAUCUUUAAAAUAUAUAAAUAUAUAUAUAAAUAUUUAAAAAAACAUAGGCUGGCCUUAUUUUACGUUACAGAUUCCAGCAACCCUCUUUUAUGGAAAUGUGAACCCACUGAAAACAUUAAGUUGCUUUUUGUUGGCGUUGUUGUUAUUCUUCCAGUCUAUCUAUCUAUCUAUCUAUCUAUCUA